AUUGAAAUAAAAAGUGAAAAAUGCAUGUGUGAGUCGUCCCGUGCAGGCAGCGUUGUGAAAUGAAUAGAAUAGCAAUAGACGAAGAUAAGAAGUGAGAAAGCAUGAAAGUAGUGAGUGAAUAUGAGAAAAUAGAGAAGCAAGCAAGCAAGCAGUUGUAAGUGUAAAUAGCAAUAAUGCAUAGAGAAGAGAAAGGAGGAGUACUUCCAAAGAGAAUAAUAGUACUCCGUCACGGUGAAUCACAAGGUAACUUAGAUCCCGGAGCAUACGCAGUAACACCAGACCACAAGAUCUCGUUAACACCACAAGGCAUUGCUCAGGCACGUCUCACUGGCUCACGCAUCCGCCACGUCAUCUCUUCUUCAUCUUCCUCUCCUGAUUGGCGUCUCUACUUCUACGUCUCCCCUUACACUCGCACCCGAUCCACUCUCCGUGAAAUCGCCAGAUCUUUUUCCAAGAAACGUGUCAUUGGUGUUAGAGAAGAGUGCCGCAUUCGUGAACAGGAUUUUGGUAAUUUUCAGGUUCAGGAACGCAUGAACGCUAUUAAGGAAACUCGACAGCGUUUUGGUAGAUUCUUCUAUCGCUUUCCCGAGGGUGAGUCCGCCGCCGACGUUUUCGAUCGCGUUUCCAGUUUUCUUGAAUCUUUGUGGAGGGAUAUUGACAUGAACAGGCUUAAUCAUAACCCUUCAAACGAUUUGAAUCUGAUAAUUGUGUCACAUGGGCUGGCAUCUCGAGUUUUCCUUAUGAGGUGGUUCAGGUGGACAGUUGAACAAUUUGAGCAUCUCAACAAUUUUGGAAACUCUGAGUUCCGUGUGAUGCAGUUGGGGAGUGGCGGAGAGUACAGCUUGGCAGUUCAUCAUACGGACAAAGAAUUGCUUGAAUGGGGGCUUUCUCCUGAUAUGAUAGCCGAUCAGAAAUGGCGAGCCCAUGGCUGCAAGGGUGCCUCAAACGAUCAAAGUCCCCGCUACCUUGAAGCAUUUUUUGAUAUCAUUACCGACUCUGAUGAUGAGAGUGUUGACACAAAAGACAAAACAAAUUCUUUGAGUGAGCAUUCCUAGUUUCCACUUUGCUUAGACAUGUACUAGACUGAGCAUACCAUGUACUAGACAAUAGGCUGUUCUUUCUUUGUUUUUUUCAUUGGAUAGCAGAUGAUUUAGUUUCAAAAAACGAGGGUAGCAGAUAUAAAGUGAUAAUAGGUUGUUCCUUGCUAAUUAGCAGUUCUAAUCAGCUGAUUCAUCAUCAUAAAAUUGAAUUCAAUUGGAGGUCUCAACAAAUACUUUUAAUGAAAUGAUAAUCUUUACUGUGGGUAGAUUCAGAGCAAUUUAAUACUUGUAGUAGGGGCUGAAGGCUUUGUUCAUUCUGCAUAAUCUUAUACAUAGAGUAUGUUGUUCAAGUUUGGACUUAGUUUGUGAUCCUCAAUGUUUAUGCGUAUUGGACA